GCUUACCAAGCAAUCAAACAAAUGGCGUCUAUUUCUGGCCUUUUUCUCUUCAAAACGUUACGAACGUUAUCCCAUCUUCCCGCUGUUGAAACGCGGUGAAUCAGCACUGCCCUUUACCCCUUUCCUCCAUGCAGACGUGGCCGUAGCACCACCACCGACUGGUAGUGGGUGUUUGAUCACGCUUGCCAAAGGCCAGGCUAUAAAGCUUGGUGGUCGAACAUUGCCAAAAAGAAGAACCGGGCCAACAACGACCAUGCCCGCCCUCGAUCUCUCCUGCACUGAAGUUGAUUUUCUCCUGCAGGCAGCAUGUGGCGGAGAACUUAUUUUCUGCUAAUCUUGGUGCGCAUCUACUUUGCGAUGUCGCCGAGCUAUCUCCAUCCCGACGAGAACUUUCAGGGCCCCGAGGUCAUCGCUGGACGCGUCUUUUCCUACCCCGUUCACGAAACAUGGGAAUUCACUUCCGCACAUCCCAUCCGCAGCUCCUUCCCGCUAUGGCUCGCCUAUGGAUCUCCGAUGUACCUCCUGCGCUGGCUCUGGGAAGGCUUUGGGUACGAUGAAGUGCCUCCGUCGGUCGUAUACUGGACGUUGCGCGUGUUGAUGCUCACGCUGAGCGUCGUGCUGGAAGACUGGGCAAUACAAGAGCUUGUGCAGUCGCCGCGCGCACGACGCGUCGUUGUGCCUCUGAUAGCUUCGUCAUACGUCACGUGGACUUUCCAGACGCAUACGUUCUCGAACAGCUUGGAGACGCUCAUUGUGAGCUGGAGCUUGGUGCUCAUACAAAGGAUUGUGGAAGAUAGGAAGCGCUCUGGCGUUCUAGCAUCCUCACUCCUGGGCUUCUUAGUCGUCGUGGGAGUAUUCAAUAGGAUCACGUUUCCUGCUUUUCUCCUCGUCCCCUCGUUCAGCCUCCUACCUCAUUUUCGACGCAAGCCGUUCUCUCUCGUAUUCAUCGCCAUCUUCGCCCUCUUCACCGCGUUCGUUGCUAUUAGCGUUGACACUGGAUUCUAUACCCCUGGGGAAUUCCAUUUCUCGAGUCUCUUACACCACCCUGUCAUCACACCCCUCAACAAUUUCAAAUACAACUCCAAAUCCGCUAAUCUUGCUCAACAUGGCAUCCAUCCUCUCUACCAGCACUUUCUCGUAAACCUACCACAGCUCCUCGGCCCAGCCUUCCCUCUCCUUCUCUUUCUCCGCCGCCCACAUUUAAACCCCGCCCUUGUCUCCGCCAUAUCUGGCAUUGCACUCCUCAGUCUUUUUCCUCACCAAGAAGCGCGUUUCCUUAUACCUGCCGUCCCCCUUAUCCUCGCGUCGAUCCGCCUCCCGAAGCCACCACACGCGAAGCUUUGGAUAUCGUGUUGGAUAAUCUUUAAUAUUGCACUCGGCGCUCUCAUGGGCAUCUACCACCAAGGUGGCAUUGUCCCUGUUCAGAACUACAUCGCUAGGACGAACGACAGCGUCUCUCACGUUUUCUGGUGGAAAACUUAUAGUCCCCCGAUAUGGCUGCUGAACGGCAAAAACGAGGAACUCACCACCCGCGAUCUCAUGGGUAUGCCUGGUCCGCAAAUGCUAUCAGAACUCCAAUCCGUCCUACCUCGUUGUCGAACCCGGAAACUCCCAUAUAUGGAUACGAAGGCGGUGUAUCUCGUCGCGCCUCGGUCGGCCUACUUUCUCAAUCCGUAUAAACUGCCGGAGGGGAAGGAGGGUAUCGAGUUGGAAGAGGUAUGGAGUUACGGGCGUCAUUUGAAUCUGGAUGACAUGGACUUUGACGAGGAUGGAGUAUGGAAGACGCUGGGAAG